AUGGAAUUGAAGAACAGAGAUGGAGGUUGGGGAUUCCACAUAAAGGGUCACAGCACAAUGUUUGGGUCAGCGUUGAGCUACAUUGCCUUGAGAAUUCUUGGUGAAGGACGUGAAGAUGGCGAAGAUAGGGCAAUGGCUAGAGGCAGAAAAUGGAUCCUUGACCAUGGUGGUUUAGAAGCUAUUCCAUCAUGGGGAAAGUUCUGGGCCACGAUCCUUGGAGUUUAUGAGUGGUCAGGGUGCAAUCCACUUCCACCAGAAAUAUGGCUUUUGCCCAAAUACACCCCAAUUCAUCCAGAUAUGUUAUGGGCAUCUCUUCAUCAUAUAGUAGAGCCUCUUCUGAACCGCUGGCCCUUUUCCAUGCUGAGAGAGAAGGCACUAAAAGUUGCAAUGGAUCACAUACGCUAUGAAGAUGAGAAUAGUAGAUUCCUUUGCAUUGGUAGUAUAGAAAAGGCGCUACGUUUGAUUGCACGUUGGGUCGAAGAUCCCAACUCAGAGUCAUACAAACUUCAUUUAGCCAGAAUUCCGGAUUACUUUUGGCUUGCAGAAGAUGGCUUGAAAAUUCAGAGUUCUGGUUGUCAACUGUGGGAUGCUGCGUUAGCCAUACAAGCAAUCCUUUCAUGUGAUUUGAGUGAAGAGUAUGGACCAACACUUCAAAUAGCACAUCAUUUCGUGAAGGCUUCUCAGGUACGUGAAAGUCCAUCAGGCGACUUUGAAGCAAUGCAUCGACACAUAUCCAAAGGAGCAUGGACAUUCUCAAUGCAGGAUCAAGGUUGGCAAGUUUCUGAUUGCAUAGCAGAAGGAUUAAAGGCUGCACUUCUAUUGUCACAAAUGCCUGUUGACCGAGUAGGUGAGAAAAUGGAAGAUGAUAGAUUUUAUGAUGCUGUGAAUGUGAUCCUAUCUCUUCAGGUCAACAAUGGAGGAUUCCCUGCUUGGGAGCCUCAAAGAGCCUACCGUUGGAUAGAGAAAUUGAACCCAACGGAAAUAUCUGAAGACAUUCUUGUUGAGAUGGAGUAA